UAAAUUAAUUAGGAGACUUUAACGAAGUUGAUUUAAAAUUAGGGGUAGGUAAGGUUUUGCGUAGAAAAUUUGUAAAAACUGUUAAGUCUUCAUUCAUUUUUGAGAAACCAGCGGAGAGUUCGGCGGCGGAGGGAGAAUGGGAAAGCGAGACAAGAAACAGAAACAUCACGACGGACAUUCUCGCCGUAGGGAUUUCAAGUUUAAUUCAGAAGGAGAUGUUGCGGAAGAUGGUGAUCUUCAUAGCUAUCCAGUAGAAGAAGAAGAAGUUGAAGAAGAAGUAGUAGAAGUGGAGGAGGAUGCGGAGGAGGAGGAACAAGAAACAAGUAAUGAGGGCUCAUCAGUGGAUAUUCCUUCGAAAUUUCAACUCUAUCAACAAUCAGUUCAGUCACCCAAAGGAGAUAUAAGUUAUUUGCAGAAGUUUUUUUUAAUGUACGUGGGAGGUAGGCAGCCGAUCCAUUUCCAAGAAGAUUUUUGUGGCACUGCACUUUUGAGUAUAGAAUGGCUUCGAAAUGAUUCACGUAGGACUGCUAUAGGUUUGGAUCUUGAUCUUGAGGCAUUAACGUGGUGCAUGGAGAACAAUGUUAACCGAAUUGGAGCCGACGGAUAUUCAAGAAUCUCUCUUUUUCAUGGAAAUGUUCUGCAUCCUUCUGAGGCCAGACUUGUCAAUCCAAAGCCCGAGGAGGAGCUGAUUGAAAAUUUAACAUUGGAAGAUAGCAAAGAUAAUCUCGAAGCCAGUGCAUCAAAAUCCAUUGUGAAAGAGGAAUCUGCCUCUUCUAACGAUAACAACUAUAUAAAGAGGAACAUUACAUUGCCUGCCAGAGAUAUUGUGUGCGCAUUUAACUACAGCUGUUGUUGUCUCCAUUCACGUAAAGAUCUUGUUAUGUAUUUUAAGCAUGCCCGUGCUAGCUUAUCCAGAAAAGGUGGGAUAUUUGUCAUGGAUUUGUAUGGCGGUACCUCGUCAGAACAGAAGUUGAAGCUUCAAAGGAAAUUCGCUAAUUUUAAGUAUAUCUGGGAGCAAGCUGAGUUCGACAUCGUUGGACGUAAAACGAGGAUUAGCCUCCAUUUUGAUCUUAAGAAGCAGCAGAAGAAGCUUCGCCAUGCAUUUUCAUACAGCUGGAGACUGUGGUCAUUACCGGAGAUCAAAGACUGCUUGGAAGAGGCUGGAUUCAGAUCCAUCCACAUUUGGAUUCGGCAGAUGCCGGACACCGAAGAGAUUAGAAGUAUAGAGGGGUUUGGCACAGGAAGUGAAGUGAAAUAUGAGGAGGUCGAAACUUUUCAACAAAAGGAUUCUUGGAACGCAUAUAUUGUUGGUGUUUCAUAGUUUUGAGCACCCAGAAAUUCUAUGAUCUUGGGCAUUCGAUUUUCAUGUCGUUUUCGUUGGUGUCGGAAACUGCAGUUCUGCCUUUCUUUAAAACAAAACUGUAGUAGCAAGGGAGACAAGGUAGGCAAAUAAGGUAUUUCAAGCUCAUCCCAUUAUUGCUAAUGUUCUCUUUUUUAGUUCUUACAGUUCAUUGGUCAAAGUUCCUCCAAUAUGAAGUGAUUUCUUAGCUGCAGUAUGGUAUACCUUACCACAGUUCUAACUGUGAUUUUUCCUCCAAGGCUCUACCUAUUUAGCUGAGUGCAAAUUCGAAUUUUUAUUUUUUGGCAUCUCUGAAGUCUCGUACAGUUUUGUUUAUUUGCAUUGAUAAAAUUCUCCACCUUCAAUGAUU